UGGAAUCCCCCGCGGACAAAUGCCGGAGCAGCAGCAACAUCAGCCGCACUCGCGGAAACGGAAGCAGGCACAGCUCAAAGGCGUUUCGUGGGGCAAUCAAUUGCCGGAUAUGCUAGUCGCUUACUUUCGCCAGUGUGGCGUGCACAACCUGCUGCUGGUUGUUUGUCAUGCGGACAUCGAUGCGAAACUUUUGAGUUUGCUGCUGCAACAUUUUGGGGCACACAAUUUCUAUGUGCAGGUCAUCACGGAGAGCUGUUUGAAUGAUUUGACUCAUUGGAGGAAUGAGACACUCACACCGGAGGCGCCGCCACCGCGCAGCUUUGUGGUGGAUUAUGUGACCCACUGGCCGGUGUCCUUUGAGUUGCCACCGCUGAGCUACAAAUUGGGCAUUUUGUUGCUACGUUUCAAUAGCCCCUGUGCAUUAAAUUUGCUACGUUGGUCGGCGGCUACGGAGCAUAAUUAUUUUACCACCAAUCGCUUUUGGCUGUUGCUCACACAAGAUAUACAGGAUUUGGAAUUGCUCGGGGACGAGGAGAUCUUUAUACCGCCCGACAGCGAAAUGCGUGUGCUCUGGCACAGUUUGGGGGAGGAGUCAUCAUUUAAUGUCACGCUGAUAGAUGUGUACAAGGUGGCUGCCUGGAAGCCGCUCAAGCGUCGCUUGGUUGGCAAACAUCUGCGCAAUCCACGGCACAUUGUGCAUGCCCUGCAGCACUUCGGUUCGGCGAUAACAUAUAGAAAGAAUCUGGAAGGUAUUGUUUUCAAUACAGCCAUAGUUGUUGCAUUUCCCGAUAUGUUCACCAACAUUGAGGAUAUGACCCAGAGGCAUAUCGACACCAUUUCCAAAGUCAAUCAUCGCCUCAUGCUGGAGCUGGCUAAUCAAUUUAAUAUAAGAUAUAACACAUACCAGACCGUCAAUUAUGGAUGGCGUCAGCCGAAUGGGUCCUUCGAUGGUUUAAUGGGUCGCUUUCAGCGCUACGAGCUGGACUUUGCCCAGCUGGCGAUAUUUAUGCGGCUGGAUCGAUUUGCCCUGGUUAGCUUUGUGGCCGACACAUAUCAUGUGAGAGCUGGCAUUAUGUUUCGACAGCCUCCACUUUCGGUGGUGGCCAACAUCUUUGCGAUGCCAUUUGAAGAGGAUGUUUGGAUAUCGAUAUUGGCAUUGUUAAUCCUGACUGUGGUUGUGCUGCUCUUGGAAAUCAUUCUCUCUCCGUAUCCACACAACAUGAACUAUAUGGAUUCGUGGAAUUUUGUGUGGGGUGCGAUGUGCCAGCAAGGAUUCUAUGUGGAUGUGCGCAAUUCUUCAACUAGGAUUAUCGUAUUUACCACAUUUGUGUCGGGUGUUUUUCUCUUCACCUCCUUCUCGGCGAAUAUUGUGGCCCUGCUGCAGAGUCCCUCGAAUUCGAUUCGUUCGUUGGGUGACUUGAGCCAAUCAAAGCUAGAAAUCUUUGUACAAGAUACUCAAUAUAAUAAGAUAUAUUUCACAGAAUCCACAGAUCAGGCAACGAAGAAUCUAUACAACAAGAAGAUCGCCCCGCACGGCGAUUACAUUUAUAUGCGACCCGUGCUGGGCAUGGAGAAAAUGCGCACAGGAAGCUUUGCCUAUCAGGUGGAGCUGCAGGCAGGCUAUCAAAUCGUUAGCGAUACGUUCAGUGAGCCCGAAAAGUGCGGCCUGAUGGAACUGGAGCCAUUUCAAUUGCCCAUGCUGGCGGUGCCAACGCGCAAGAACUUUCCCUACAAGGAGCUAUUCCGCAGACAAUUACGCUUGCAGCGCGAGGUUAGCCUGGUGAAUCGCGAGGAACGCAAGUGGAUACCGCAGAAGCCGAAGUGUGAGAGCGCCGUUGGUGGAUUCAUCUCCAUUGGCCUCACCGAUUGUCGCUACGCAUUUGUUUUCUUUGUCUGUGGUGCUGCGAUUAGUGUUAGCCUGCUUCUCUUGGAGCUGCUCUGCAAGCACAGAAGGAGAAUUCACGCAACCAUUCAGGAAUAUAUGCACCGUUAACUGAUUUGAUCUUUAUUGGAUGUGCACUUUAAAUGGGUAUGGUUAGCUGUUGGA